CAAUCGCCGUCGACAAAACAAUCCUUUGAUUGUGUUCUCUUCUAUUCUCUUAUUUUCCUCGAACAUAGCUCAUUCCUUUGCCCGCAUCGCUCGCUCGAUUCCUCCCAUCAGACAGAAUGGAAGUCGCUAACCUUGAAGCCGCCUUUGAGCGCAUUACUGUCGUGGACGAGAACGAUGACCAGCUGGUGUCGAGCAAAACAUAUCACAAGUCAAAGGGCUCCGUAUCUACAGCCGUAACGGUGACCAGUCUCUCAGCAUCCAAUGCUGCAGCCAACCGCAUGAAAAUGCCAUUGCAGAAGCUUGCGACCACCAAUGCUGGAAAGAUUGUCGGCGCAAACAUCACGAAGGUCACUCUUCCGUCUCAGGCAGCCCAGAGUCGACCGGCAGACGACACAGUGGCCAACGCACACCGUCGCACCCUGACUGAGUCCGCCAUUAUCGUUCAGCCACAGUUAAAACAGUGGCACCUCGGAAUGUUUGAAAUCGGCAAGCCUCUUGGAAAGGGAAAGUUUGGUCGUGUUUACCUUGCCAAGGAGCGUAGCACUGGCUUCGUCUGCGCUCUCAAGGUCCAGCACAAGGCGGAACUGCAACAGGGCAAAGUCGAGAAGCAGCUCCGACGUGAAAUCGAGAUCCAGUCAAACCUCGCCCAUCCCAACAUCGUCCGCCUCUUCGGUCACUUCCACGAUGCCAAGCGUAUCUUCCUCAUCCUCGAGUUCGCCGGUCGAGGAGAGCUCUACAAGCACCUUCGUAAAGAGCAGCGUUUUGCUGAAUGGAAGGCUGCACAGUACGUUGCCCAGAUGGUCGCAGCGCUGAAGUACCUUCACAAGAAGCACGUGAUGCACCGAGAUAUCAAGCCCGAAAAUAUCCUUGUCGGUCUACACGGUGAAAUCAAGAUCUCUGACUUCGGUUGGUCUGUCCAUGCCCCUAACAACCGAAGAAAGACAAUGUGCGGAACUCUUGAUUACCUUCCCCCGGAGAUGUUGCGUGGAGGCGGUGGAGACAACUUCUACACCGAGAAGGUCGAUUUGUGGAGUUUGGGUGUUUUGACCUACGAGUUCCUUGUCGGCGAAGCCCCGUUCGAGGACACGCAAGUCAUGACACAGAGGAAGAUUGCACGAGGGGAUUACACUGUACCCAGCUUUGUCAGCCCAGAGGCUAGGGAUCUCAUCAAGAGACUGCUCGUUCUAGACCCAGAAAAGCGCAUCGCUCUUGAGGAUAUCGAGAGACAUCCUUGGAUCGUCAAGCACUGCAAAGGCAGCGAGCGUGCUUACGAUCGCGCCUCGGGGGGCAAGUUCCGCGGCAGCUCUGAGCGUGAUAGCUGAGCGUCAUCCUUGGGCGGGCGAUACGUGAUCUGGAUUCUGAAUGUUGUUUGAUAUAUGCAAGGGUUGGAGUAGAUUCGGCGUAAAACAAAGGGGGUUUUGAUGAUUUUGGGCAUUGCAAGCAAGCGCAUGGUUUGGAGUUUUUGGGGUUUGGCAAUAUCUCUAUAUCGAAGUGUUCGGUUUAGUGAUGACAACGAUUGGGUACAUACCAACAAUGACUAUUUCAAAUAUUC